UCCCGCAGCCCCCGGCGGGACGGGCAGGGCAGGGUGGGCUCCCCGCAGAGCCCCAGGCACAGCCCCAUGUCCGCACAGCCCCUGCGAUCCCCGACCCUGCGGCCGCACAGGAUGAAGAAAGAGGAGUCGUUCCUGGGCAAGCUCGGCGGGACCCUGGCCAGGAAGAAGAAAGCCAAGGAGGUGAGUGACCUCCAAGAAGAAGGUAAAAAUGCAAUCAAUGCUCCAAUGAACCCAAGCAUCGUGGACAUCCAUCCAGAAGAUACAUUAUUAGAGGAGAAUGAGGAACGCACCAUGAUUGAUCCCAACUCCAAGGAAGACCCCAAGUUCAAAGAGCUGAUCAAGGUUCUGAUUGACUGGAUUAAUGAUGUGCUGGUGGAGGAGAGGAUCAUUGUCAAACAGCUCGAGGAGGACCUUUAUGAUGGGCAGGUGCUGCAGAAGCUGCUGGAAAAACUGGCUGACCGUAAACUGAACGUGGCAGAAGUGACACAAUCUGAAAUUGGUCAGAAACAAAAGCUGCAGACGGUCUUGGAAGCUGUCCAUGAUUUGCUCCGACCCCAUGGCUGGACAAUCAAGUGGAAUGUUGACUCAAUCCACGGCAAGAACCUGAUUGCCAUUCUUCACCUGCUGGUGGCUUUGGCAAUGCAUUUCCGCGCUCCCAUCCGACUGCCCGAACACGUGUCUGUGCAAGUGGUGGUUGUGAGGAAACGUGAAGGCCUCCUCCAGACCACUCACGUUUCAGAGGAGCUGACGACCACGACAGAGAUGAUGAUGGGAAGAUUUGAGCGUGAUGCCUUUGACACACUCUUUGAUCACGCACCAGACAAGCUCAGCGUAGUCAAAAAGUCUCUGAUCACCUUUGUGAACAAACACUUGAAUAAACUAAACUUGGAAGUAACAGAGUUGGAAACCCAGUUUGCAGAUGGUGUUUAUUUGGUCUUGCUCAUGGGUCUCCUCGAGGACUAUUUUGUUCCACUUCACAACUUCUACUUAACACCUGAAAGUUUUGAUCAGAAGGUCCAUAAUGUUUCCUUUGCUUUUGAGCUGAUGCAGGAUGGAGGACUGAAGAAACCAAAGGCUCGCCCUGAAGAUGUUGUCAACUUGGACCUGAAGUCUACCCUCAGGGUUCUGUACAACCUGUUCACCAAGUACAAGAACGUGGAGUGAUCGUGGAAGCUGCUGAGGUCUCUCCAUCCUUCAGCCUCCUGAGGCAGAAAUGACCAUAAACACGCCCUCUGCACACCCCCCUUGUGCCUUCUGCUCCACUUCAUGCAUUCUUUCUACAGUUGGUGUGCUCUGUCUGUAGCUCUUUGUAUGACAAUUCCACUAAAAAUAGUGCAUGUGUAAUUCCCUAGGUCACUUGAAAAUGUGUAGAUACGUCACGCUUUUACCAGAAGGUUGGAUCUGUUGUUUGUUAUAACCUACAAGUGUUCUUUUUGAGAAAGGAAAUAUACCACUAACUACUUUAAUGAGCAGGGAAAACACAAGACCUUCCUCGUGGCUGGAGACUCUUUGGUUCUACACUAGGCUUUCUCUUGUACACUCCUUGGUCGCAACUGGCAUUUGGUGAUUUUUCCAGGCUUAAGUGUUUAGCAACAGAAAAUCAGCAAUAGGAGUUAUUUACAAGCUGAGCCUUUUCUGUUAAAUAAGGUU